GAGUAUUCACCAGAGAGCAAAGAGCACAAUCAAGAAAACGAACAAGAAGGAGAGUAGAACUUUGUUUCCUGUCAUCAGGCUCUAAUUUCAAUAUGGCAGCGAGUGGGAAUGAACGUCUUGUACUCAUUGCUAUGGAUGGCAGUGAAUAUUCGGACUAUGCGUUUGAAUGGUACUGGUCGAAUGUUCACAGAGAGAGUGACCGGGUGGUGCUGCUGCAUGUACCAGAGUAUCACACAGUUGUUCAGUCACCAAUGGUGAUGGCGGACGUGACCGUGAUCUCUGAGAUGAUGAACGAGGAGGAGAAGAGGAUCAAAGCCUUCUUGGAGCAACUCGGACAGAAACUCAAGGACAAGAAGGUCGGUGGUAAGGUGAAGAGCGUUGGCGGUAAUCCAGGUGAAGUUGUCUGCCGCAUUGCUAAGGAAGAGGGGGCCAGCAUCAUCGUCACGGGAACCAGGGGGAUGGGCAAACUGCGGCGCACAUUCCUGGGCAGUAUUAGCGACUACAUCAUUCACCACUCCCAUGUCCCUGUGCUGGUAUGCAGGCACAAGGAUAAGCAAGCAGAGCACCACGAGUAGUGGCUAUUAAAUGGCCUCCAUUCUGAUUGGCUGGCAAUAAAUAGCGCCUAAUCUGAUUGGGUGAAUGGAAAUUUAAAUUGAUGUUUUGUGUCUUUAAUUAUAAUACAUAUAAUGUAGUAAAUUCAGAUUUUUACUUGUUUUAUAGUUUCUAUCUUGGAAUUUAUUGUGUAGUUAACAGUAAUGGGGAUAAUCGUGGAUGUACCUAACUGAUUUAAACCGAUAGUCGAUUAGUUCAGAAUGUAUUGUAUGCCUAUAUUAGUUUUUAAUUAAUGGAAAUUUGUUUGCACAUUAAUUAUAAAUGUUUCUAAUUUAAGCACAUUUAUAUUUGUAUAACUUAUUAAAUGUUUAUGUUUUAAUUUGAUUCACUGAAAUCUAUGGUAGUACUUCAGUAAGUUUAUGUGUGCACUAAGGGUUAAAUCUUCUUUAUUCUUCCUUUGCUCAAGCACAUGAAGUCAUUAUUGCAAAUAAAAUCCAUAUUUUUCCAAUUAGAAUGAGUGUUUUAUUGUAUGCAAAUGUUCAACAAGAAUAAUCGUUCUAUCGUUACUGUAAAAAUCUUAAAAAGAACAAUGGAAUAAUAACGUGUCAAAUACAUGCUGGUAUCAAUGUUAGACACCUUGAAAUUAGUAUGUUAUUUGACUUUUUAAAUCCAAGACUUUUUGUCAAUCCAUUAUUAGAAUGACAGUUCAAGUUUAAGGUCUGUUUAUGGUUUUCAGUUCAUUAUUAUGUUCAUUAGUUCUUUAACAUGAUGCAUGGACAAUAUUAAUACAUACUAAUUGGUAAUGUGAGGUAUAAUUAUAUUUUUUAUUUUAUGCAAUGUUAUGUGUAAUAUGUAUGUUAGGUCAUUUAAAUAUCAAUAUAUUAUCAACUUAUGUUUGGUGUUCCAUUGUAUUUUUAUAUACAGGUGAUUUAUUGUAUGUUUAUGCACAUGUAAGUGCUGUUCUUUUCGACUACUGCAACAUUUUUGUAUUGUGUUGGGUAAAUAUAAAGACACUUUAAAAGUGUGGCAUCAAUUUAAAUACAUGUACAGCAAUUUAGACAUUCAUAUUUUCAUCAUUCUCUUACAGAGAGUCACACGACCUUGAUUACAUUAAGUAUUGUUAAUGAGACCAAAUUAUGUGUAAAUACACUCUGUUCAUGUUAGUGAGUAUAUGCUUGUUAGUGAUUUUGCAUUGUUCUGACCUUAUGAAUAAAACUUUUAGCUACUGUUCAUGUCAGCUUACAUACUUGAGAAGGACAUUGAACUUUAAAAGGCCUACAAAUUACCACUCUGCUUUCAUGUGAUGAUUUCUGAGUUGCGAAAUUUCAUGCGAGAUAUACUUAACUGUGACACAGAUUCAAAAUAAAGUUUGUCGUAACAAUACACAUGUAUACUGUAUAUUUUGCUAUACUUCAAUGUGCUCUGGCAAGACUAAGGGGUCAUCAAACAUUUGUUUAUGUUGUUCAUACUCAUAAUAGUAUAAAAUCUUUCCAGGUGUAAAUCUGAGCCAAGUGUUCUUUUGUUUCUUAGGUACACAGAAUAAGCUCUUAUACCAGUUUUACAUUUAAUGCUUUCUUUCCAUGUAUAACUGUAUAUCUUGCCGAAUGGUAAACAUAUACAGCUGUAUUUUGUAAAUGCCAUUGUAUUGUCAAAUACAAUUCUAUUCGGCCAUUCUUGUCAAUAAUUAAAUGUUUGUCUGAUUUCAUGCACAAAAUCUUUGUAUUAAAAGAAAAAGAAAAUGUG